CUACCUCCUCCGUUCGUUGAGUUCUGCAACAUCCUGACUGGCCGAGGCUGACAAAUGCGGGCAGCAAGCAGCAAGCCCCCUCAAGACGGAUGAUCUAGCCGCCUUCCUCCACCCCCCUUUACUUUUAUUUCUUCUCCAUUUCGAGGAGACGGUCUCUAUUGGCUGUGUGAAGCGGACACAAGAUCAAGCAUGGGGAUCAAGGCUGGCCUCCCCAGAUAUGAGCUGUAUCUCUACAUUGCCGUACUCGCCGGGGCUUUGGCAUGGGCCGCCAGUUGGAUAGUUGAGGCUUCAAGCGAAAAUGUGAGCAGAAAGGCAUUCAAGGGAAGCGUAAAACCAGGAUGGUAUUACUUUGGCAGGAAAAUGGACGUUGCAGACUUUGAAUGGGUGAUGUGGUUCUCGACAUUCCGCAAUCACAUUCUUUUUGCUCUCAGCGGCCAUGUGAUUUUUGCCAAAAUCUUCACCUUGCUGGCCCCAAAGAUUGGUAUAGAUGGAUGUAAGCACAGAUCGCUCGUCUUCUGCGCGUACGGUGUUUUGGCGGUCCUGGUCACGAUGGGCUGGACCUUCACGGCUUUAGUUCUGUCUCACUGCACCGUACUGUACGGUGUCGCUGUGUUCAAGACCAAAUGGAUGUGCUUCGCUGCAGGCCUGGCCACACUCGCCUCCAUCAAGCUGGAGCCCUACAACUCUUGGCAGGAAAAACUGGUGACCGGCUCUUUCGACCUGCAAGACGUCCUCUUUUACGGCGGCUGCGGCUUCACCAUCAUGCGUUGUAUGAGCUUUGCUUUGGAGAACUGUGAGAAGAAAGAGGGCAACUACACCUUCUGUGACCUGCUGAAAUACAACUUCUACCUCCCCUUCUUCUUCUUUGGGCCUGUCAUGACCUUUGACAAGUAUCACGCACAGGCCAACAACACCAAGCUGACCCGCAAAGAGCGGGAGAUGUGGAACAUCACCACCAAGGCCGUGUUGCACCUAGCGGUGAUCCUGACGGUGGAUGCUGCAUUCCACUAUCUCUACAUUUUGACAAUCCCCGGUGACAUGAAGUUGGUCUCCCGACUUUCUGAUUGGUGUCUGGCCGGGCUGGCUUACUUCAACCUGGUGUAUGACUGGUUAAAAGCGGCUGUGAUGUUUGGCGUCAUUAACACGGUGGCAACACUGGACCACCUCGACCCCCCUCAGCCUCCUAAAUGCAUCACAAUGCUAUAUGUCUUUGCCGAGACGCACUUUGACAGAGGCAUCAACGAUUGGCUCUGCAAGUAUGUUUACGACUACAUUGGCGGAGAUCACGAUAAAAUCCUCAAGGAGCUCCUGGCCACCAUGAGCACCUUUGCAAUCACCGCGCUAUGGCUCGGCCCGUGUGAACUGGUUUAUAUCUGGUCCUUUUUCAACUGCUUCGGCCUCAACUUUGAGCUUUGGGUGGCCAAGUUUUUCUCUAUUUCGCCAUUUUCUACCAUGGAGGUUUGUAUGGGUGAAGCCAUGUCACGUAGAAUCCGGGGUCUGUUCAACGCUGCCAAUUUCUGGGCCAUUGUCCUCUACAAUGUUCUUUCCUUGAACAGUUUGGAAUUUGCCAAAUUGGUUGGAAGAAGACUGAUUUUCAAAGGCUUCCCCUUGUCUACCAUCUCUGUGCUAUUGGUGACCUACUGUGGCGUGCAGCUGAUCAAAGAGCACGAAAGACGGCAAGCGCUGCUGGAAGACGAGCAGCCCGUCAAGCCACUUGAUGGCGGCAAAGAAAAGGCAGAAUAAUCAGACGCCAAAGUCAAGGCCUCCCAACGUUUGUUCCAUCUUGCGGCCUUCAGAACACAACCGGACUUUUAACAGCCAGGCUGUAGUGUUUUGCUAUCGUUAGUCAGGCGUUUCCUUAAGUGCACUUUCUGGUGAUAAUCAUCACGGUGUUUGCCACAAAGACCCUUUGAUUUUACUGUACUCCAAGUGCGAAUGUUUUACACGGUAAUUCACACAACAUUUUUAAAGGGCUAAAACAUGAAACCGAGUUGCCACUGACGGAGUGCAAUGAAGCAAGAUAAACCCAAGAGGUGCUGUGGAGUCCUCCACGUUGCAUGCAGCUAAUUGUAUUUAUUAACAUCUGUUCCAGAGACUCAAAGCAUGCUUAGUUAUGUCGACCAAGAAUGUGUUGGAUCUUUUUGAUGUACUGUCCCCACUGGAAAAUGAGAGCCACUGUCUUGACAAUGGGAGUUGAUUGCAGGAGUCACUUUUCUUCAAACCUCUUUUUUGCACAUGUAGCAAUGAAGGUAAAUAAGCUUAUCCGAUUUGUAACCAAAGCCUGGGGUGUUACAAACACGUUUACAUUGCCUUUUCUCGGUCGGCCUUUAGAGCAAAGGAAAAAUAAAGUUUUGUUCCAUCUCGAAA